GAGCCACAGGUUGCCCAGCCAAGCCUGACCGUAUGACCCAUGGGGGACACCUCCUCCCCGCACUCCUUGUAGCCGCUGCUGCUCCCUGUAUGUGCGGGUACGAGGCUGGCAGUCGCCUCCUUGUGCUCAGGCUGCGGCGCUGCUGUGUUCUCCGCAAUCACUCAGUUAUUAUAUAGCUCUGUGCACUGUGCAGUGUGUGUAAUUAUACAGUUACACUCGCUUCCUGUUCCUACUUCCGUUCACUUGCAUGUCUUUCUACAGUCUGUAAGGUGGGGGGCAGAUAAGUGUCACAGCCACAAGCAGGUCUGACCCGCAGCAGCAGCAGCAGCAGCAGGUACAUGUAGUGCGCGCAGUGGGAGGGGGCGGCUGCAUCCCCCGGACACCUCUCAGCCCCGUAUCUGCCCACACUGACCCUCAGCCACCGGGAUGGAGACUGUGCAGCUACGGAACCACCCAAGGAGGCAAUUAAAAAAGUUAAGUGAAGAAAGUUUGAAUAAACAGCCAGAAGAAGUUUUUGAUGUCCUAGAAAAACUUGGAGAGGGAUCCUAUGGCAGUGUUUUUAAAGCCAGUCACAAAGAAACCAGCCAGAUUGUGGCCAUAAAACAAAUUCCUGUGGAAUCGGACCUUCAAGAAAUCAUUAAGGAGAUCUCCAUCAUGCAGCAAUGUGACAGCCCACAUGUUGUGAAGUAUUAUGGCAGCUACUUUAAGAAUACUGACCUCUGGAUUGUUAUGGAAUAUUGUGGAGGGGGAUCCGUGUCUGACAUCAUCCGUCUAAGGAAACAAACCUUAAAAGAAGAUGAAAUAGCAACCAUUUUGCAGUCAACUUUAAAAGGACUGGAAUAUCUUCAUUUUAUGAGGAAAAUACACAGGGAUAUCAAGGCUGGGAAUAUAUUAUUAAAUUCCGAAGGCAUUGCUAAACUAGCAGAUUUUGGUGUGGCAGGCCAGCUGACGGACACUAUGGCAAAGCGGAAUACCGUUAUUGGUACACCUUUUUGGAUGGCUCCAGAGGUGAUCCAAGAGAUUGGAUAUAACUGUGUGGCAGAUAUUUGGUCUCUUGGUAUAACUGCAAUUGAAAUGGCUGAAGGAAAACCUCCAUAUGCUGAUAUUCAUCCAAUGAGGGCAAUAUUCAUGAUCCCAUCAAACCCACCACCAACACUCCGGAAACCACAACUUUGGUCAAAAGAGUUCAUAGAUUUUAUUAACCAGUGCUUAGUCAAGAAUCCAGAGCAGAGAGUGAGUGCAACGGAACUUCUACAGCACCCAUUUGUGAAAACGACUAAAGGAGCAGCUAUUUUGCGGCAUUUAAUAAAUGAAGCCAUGGAGAAAAAGAUCAAACGCAGUGAAUUACAGCAGCGUGAAGUGGAACCUGAAGAGGAGGAAAAUGGGGAUGAGGAUGAUGUUGAUUCCAGCACAAUGGUCCAUGCCAGAAGUGGAGAUAUGAACACAAUGCAGGAGUUCAGUACCAUGAGUGAAGGGGCUGAUAGCACAAUGUUGGAAAAUGACCACUUAGAGAUGCAAUUGGGAACCAUGUUAAUAAAUAAAGAAGAGGACGAUGAGGAGGAGUCUGGUACCAUGAAACAAAGCAAUUCGCCCUCACAGCCUGCCAAACCAUCGUUUCUUGAGUAUUUUGAGAAGAAUGAGAACCAGUUCGGAACACCAGAAAAGAAAAUAACAGCACAAACUCCAGAUUCCUCUGAAUGGAAAAUACCUCUUAACGGAGACUACAGCUUUUUAAAAGACUGGAGUGUGGCCGACCUGCGGAUGAGACUAAGUGCACUGGAUCCAAUGAUGGAACGGGAAAUUGAGGAAAUUCAUCAAAAGUACCAGUCAAAGCGGCAGCCCAUUCUGGAAGCCAUUGAAUCAAAGAAACGCAGACAGCAAAACUUUUAAAGGCAUUUCCACCAUGAUUAGACUUCAAUCUAUUUUUUUGAAACAUUUUUGUAUUUUUAUAUAGUUAAAUAUUUUAUAUUUUGCAGAGACCUCUUAUUAGAAUGUAUGGAGUCCAAUAAGAAUAAACUAAAUCUUUGUUUAUUCAGUUAAGCUACAUAAGAUUGCUACUUCAAACAAGAAAAUAUGCAAGGCGCUUUUGUUGCUACAGGGAAAUUCCGACUUGAACAACAUUUAAUGAAUAAACGUAUUUUACUAUUCCAAAUAUUCAAAAUGAAACGACAAACACACAAACAACAAAACAUUAAUAAUGAUCCACUUAUUCUGUAAUAUGGAGAAUCCUCAAGCUGCAGUUAUCGAUGGGUCAAGCCUUGGAAAGUGAUGAAUAGCACGGUGAUAACCAGCCAACCAGCUCCUACCUGUCAUUUUUCAAACACAGCCUGUAACAUUGAAGUUAGGAGCUGAUUGGUUGGUACUUUAUCACCGUGCUAUUUAUCACUCUCCAAGGCUUGAUAAAUGGGGGUCACUAUAUUGUAUAGAUUUUUUAUAAUGUUCUUCAGAUUUUCUCUGAUGUGUGUCAAACAGUGAGUUUAUUAGACACAAUGGGGGAGAUUCAAUUGUUUGAAAAGUCAGUUGGGAGUCUGUUUUUUCCUAUGUAAUAGGAAAAAAACAGACACCCAACCGACUUUUCAAACAUUUGAAUUCCCCCCAAUGCCUCCGUUCUGCGUGGAGCUAGAUUUCUGUUGGCGCAAGCCAAUUUGAAUUGACCGCCUCCUUGUAGACAUGGUAAGUCUCCGUAAGUUAAUACAAGAACGGAGUCAUAAUCAAAACAUUAAAUAUGACAGCUUAGAUAUCACAACAAUACAACUCACUUAUUGAUCAUACAUUGGGAUAUCUCAGUCUGUUCCUUGACUCAUUUCUCUGGGUUCUGGUUUCAGUAAUACUUAGUUAAUGUACCUCUGUGAGGAGCCUAAAAUAUCCUUCAUCACCAAGCAUAUGCACCCCAAGCUACGUAACCAGGGACACUUUCUCUCUCACCACACCCACACUUUGUAUAGUGGCCACCCCCCAGUUCCUACAGGCAACCCUGGCAAUUCAGUACUGUGCUUUAAAAAUAGGACUGUGAUGGGUAUAAUAAUUUGAUAAGAGUAUGUUCACUUUAAAAAUAAAGUAAAAUGGGUGGUUGCCAUGCCUAAAUGUUCUAAAUUACAAAUUCUCUCUUUGCAAAGUAUACUAUUUAGUGCCUUUUGCAUACGAGACACCAACGGCGGGAUAUAAUGGAGUCCGAGAUCGCUGGAGGCGCAUUCGCUUACAAGGCAUAUUUUUGCUUUGUAAGUCAGUGCUCCUUUAAAAAAAAAGUCAGAGAUUGGCUGGUAUCCCGCACGUCCGCCGAUCUCGGACUCCAUUACAUCCUGCCACAAGGUUCCAUUUUAGCUGUGAACUAUCUCCAAGUUGUCACUGUGGCAAAUCUUUAUUGUGGGUUUUGUUUACAAAAUAUAGAAGGGAUUCAAAUAUAUCUGAUUUUGUUUCUUUUUCCCCCUGAAAUAAAAGUGGAGAUACAAUCUGCAUUGUAUUGAAGUUACCGUUUGUAUCUCCAUUUAUCCUGCCAAUGCAAAAGGGUUCAAUUCUGUUCGCUGUUAGCAUGCACAUCCUCAUUGCUCUCAUAUAAUGGCCUCUAUAUACUGCAAUGUAAUAUCCUCUAUAUACAGAGGUUGAUAUGUCCACAGUGUAUCCAUAUUUCAUACUUAAAUGCUGAAUAUUUUUGAUUCAGUACUUUUCAUGAGAUCUGAACCUUGUAUUAAUCUGCCUAUAAAUAAUGUACAGUGCCUACAUUACAAUAGUGAAACAUCUGUUCUCUAUCUAAUCUCCUUUUUCAGUAUACAAAAAGGCUGUUCUUCCAUCCUUUCAUGCUAAAUCAGUUACAGAUAUUUAUUUAAAACAAAUGUAUUUCAUUUAUCUCAGUCUAUAUUCUUCAUAAAUUAUAUUUAUCACUUGAUCAUUUUGUUCCAGAACUGAGACUAUAGUAGGAAGAUAAGGGUAGAUGCAAUUCCUGAAUAUAAUACAUUCAGUGCCGGUCUGCUCCGGUAAAAAUGGGACCUCUUUCCUUUGCUCAUAGGUUUUAUGUUAAAAACAAAAGCAACUCAACUUAAUAUGAUGGAUUGAACAAACCACAAUGCCAGCUGCCAUUUCUUAAUGCACCAAGCCACUCUAUACUUUAUGGGAAUCCUAUAAAAAAAAUCUGAAAAUAGAGUCCAAAUCCAUUAAGCUCAUUAUGAACAUAUAAGUCAAUUGUUAUUUAAUAAAACAAGAAGUGAUUUGUGAUAGUUCAAAAACAAAAAAAGUACAUUGACCGAGAAGAAGCAACAAAUACCUAGGAAAGUCUCCCACUAAAAUGAAGCGGACAGAUAGUAAUAAUAGUACUUUAUAUAACUAUUGUAUGCAACUACUGUAUAAUUUACUGCUGAUGUCUUUUUAAGGAAUCUAUAAGGUCAAAUAAAGGAACUGUAAGGCUUAUGGCUCCCAUGCACAUUAA